AUGGAUUCUGCAAGAAGAGAAAGCACAGGAAAUUAUGGUUGUGAGGAAGUUUGGAAGCAUGGUUUUUUCAUUAAAUCGCCACCAGUUAAUCUUUUCACCAACCAGAAUUCAUGGAAAAGGAGAUAUUUUAUCCUUUCUAAGUCUGUCAAAAAUGGUUAUACCCUGAGGUAUCUUAAAGGCCGGCAGGUAAAGGGCAACAUUGGAAUUGAUGUGUCUUCAGAAAUAUUAAUUGGCAUUGAUGACACUGAGAAAAUGGCAAUUGUAAAGAAGAUGUUUAAAUGUGAACCAACAGAAGUUAUGACCAUCAGGACAGAGAGCAGGGUUUACUACCUUAUUGGAUCAGAUAGCAAAGAAAUUGAGGAAUGGACUACCUUCCUAACUGCAGCCUGCCAUGGUCAGAAAUCAACCCUGCCUGCAUCUAGAGGCCGGUCAGUAUCUUCACCUCCUUCUCUUGAUGAACUAGAGCCUAACAACAAGGAUUUGCAGCAUGACAAUCAAUAUGAAGUGCAAGAUACAGACACUUGCCAGAAAAGCUGCUUCUCUGAUGACAAGAAAAGGCCACAUUCUGAUCCCACUCCUCAAGAAGCCUCUGAAAAAAUCCACGUUUAUGAGUCACCAAGAAAACUUCUACAACGUAUUCGACACCUACCAAAUAGUCAUUGCAUUGAUCCUCCUGAAGAACAGUCAGAUGAAAAGUUCGAAGAGAAAGAACUCUACGAUUCUCCACGCAACGUUCUAACCAAGUUGGAUUGUGUUCUUUCUGAAUUUGAUAACCCUGAAGAACCCAUUAGUGCAGAUGACAACGAUACUGGCACUGAUGACAAUGAAGAAUAUAUGAUCAUGCAGGAACUGGUUCCUGAAAAGAAAAUUGAUGCUGUAUCAACAAGUAAUGAACAGCUGACCCUUCCCAAAAACCAGGGGAAUAAUCUAAAAGUGGAAGAGGACAACUCAAUGAAACCAAUCCCACCACCACGAACCUUCAAAUCAGAAAAACCACUAUCAGUGAUUCAGUUGUCCAUAAUUCUCAGUAAAAUCAAAGAUGAUAGCCAAUUGGAAGAAGUGGAUAUUACCCUUCCCCAGGGUGAUCUCACCUAUUGCCUGACACUUACAGAAGCAUCAGGGCACAUAUGUGUCUCCCAAUGGAAAGAUCCAUAUCGCAUAGGAUGUAUAUUUCAUCAGGGGGAUCAUAUAAUCGCUGUGAAUGAACUGAAAGUCAAGAGCAUGGAUGAGAUUUCAUUGUUCGUAAGCAGAUCUACAAAAAAGGAGGUGAAACUGACUGUACGACGGCUGCCAAAUUCACAAAUUUUACAUGCUAAAAAAUGCAUGUGUUCUUAAGACAGAAAAGGUACAAUUAAGAAUCUUCCUUGGGCAAAUACAAACAAGAAGCUAGACAUCGAUUUGACAACAGUGGGACAAAACAGAAAAUGAAAACUUGAUAACAACACUGUUUGCAGCACUCCCAUUCCAAAGUUUGUGGUGUUGCUCUGCUUCCUUGGUUCAUCUAUAACAGCCUAAUUUUCCAAAGAUUAUCCCUUCCCUUGUUAUGGCAGUCUUUUUUUGUUGUACUGACCAAACUGAGGCAGGACUGUAUUCUUUUGAAAAAGAGCUAUCCACCAUUGAAAAUAUCCACACCUGCAUUUCCAAGUCCUUCUGGAGGAAUUUCUAUAGUUACUGGGCCCCUUUUUCAGAGCUUCACAUGUCACAUGUCUCCAUGAACAGGAUCCUCCUACUUCACCUUCCAUCGAGCCAAAUGAUGGUGAUAAUAAUAAUGAUUUCCAUCUACAUUUUGUAUUAUUAAAAACAAUAACUAUCCUGAA